AUGAACUCAAGAUUGAGCUGUUUGUUCACUCGUCAUGCUCGACUAAACCUUUGUUUGAAACAAGCGGUGGGCACGCAGUCAAGACGCGGCUUGCUUACCACCACACAGGCUGCUCCAUUCAGACGCUCCCACCCUUUGACAGGUAGCCAUGUCUUGAAAGGUCAGAGACGAGCCAUCUUUGCCGGUGUCUCGCCCUUUACUCUGGUGCCUGGUGUCUUUGUUGGCCUACUCAUAGGCCACUGGAUCCACAAAUGUCUGCUCAUGGUCCUGUUCCAGAACAAAAUCAUCUACAUGCCAUCUCUUCCUCCAGGCUCAAGACGUGAGAAGCUGGAAGAUUACGCAAAGACAUGGGCUGGGGUGUCUUGGGAGGAGAGAAAGAUCAAAUCCCUGGAUGGAACGAGACUCUCCGUGGCCGUCGCACGUCCGGAAAUCCUUUCUGCAUCUGCGCAAGAUAAGCGCAAACAAGUUGUUGUGCUUUACUUCCAAGGAAAUGGCGCAUCGAUCCCACCUCGGACACCGAUGCUCUCAAACAUCCUCAGAGCUGCGGCAAAAGACUCUCCACAUGACUGGACCUUGCUCGCACUGUCUUACCGUGGGUAUUGGACUUCCUCUGGACGUGCUCAUCAAAGAGGUAUCGAAAAGGAUGCACAAGCUUUUGUGACUUGGGCAGUACAGAACUAUGGUCAGGAUCCUGGCAACACUGAAUUGAUCCUCUGGGGCCAAAGCAUCGGAUCAGGAGUUGCUGCAUACGCUGCAUCAAAACAUGUGGAAUCGUCACAGACCACUGAUGUUGCUCGGAUAUCCCGCCUCGUGCUGGAGACNCCCUUCGUUAGCAUCAAGAGUAUGCUUGCAGCCAUCUACCCGGAUUGGUGGGUACCCUACAAGCACCUUUGGCCAUUCCUCCGCAGCUGGUGGGAUAGUGAGGAUUCUUUGCGCAGAAUCGCCAAAUCAUCUCACCCACCAAAAGUACUAAUGAUCGUCGCCUCUGGAGACGAGAUUGUUCCCCGAGUUCAGGCCGACCAGUUGGAGACCCUUUGCAAAGACCUACGACUGGAUAUCACCAGGAAAGAUGUCCUAGGCGCUUUGCAUACCCAAGCAAGUACUCUCGAGCAAGGCAAGAGAGUCAUCUCGGAUUGUAUGGCAGAUCGUAAAGUCGACUGA